GGCUGACAUCACGGCCCCGCCGCGCCGAGCACCGGCCGAGCUGAGCUGCGGGCAGCGCUCGGAGCGGGCACACCCCACCCUCCUCCUCCUCCUCCUCCUCCUCCUCCUCCUCCUCUGCUCGCUUCUCCUCCUCCGGCGGCUCUCGGCGUCCCCGGCGCUCCCCGCUCCGCAUGCCCGUGCCGAGGCUCCUGGAGCAGCCCUGAUUCCCUGAGCUCCGCGUCCAUCCCGGGCGAUCCGGAGGCGCCCGAGCAGCCCGGGGCCGAGCAGGGCAGAGCUCCAUGAGGGACCUGCACAAGUCUGAGGUGCUGGGGAGCAAGCGCGGCCUGGGGAUGUCAUGGCGGCCGCAGUACCGCAGCUCCAAGUUCCGGAAUGUUUACGGGAAGGCGGCGAGCCGGGAGCACUGCUUCGACGGAAUCCCCAUCACCAAGAACGUCCACGACAACCAUUUCUGCGCCGUCAACGCGCGCUUCCUGGCCAUCGUCACCGAGAGCGCCGGCGGCGGCUCCUUCCUCGUCAUCCCGCUGGAGCAGACCGGCCGGAUCGAGCCGAACUAUCCCAAAGUUUGUGGUCACCAGGGAAAUGUGCUGGACAUCAAGUGGAACCCCUUCAUUGAGAACAUCAUCGCCUCCUGCUCCGAGGACACCUCGGUGCGGAUCUGGGAGAUUCCGGAGGGAGGGCUGAAGCGGAACAUGACGGAGGCGGUGCUGGAGCUGUACGGGCACAGCCGGCGCGUGGGGCUCGUGGAGUGGCACCCCACCACCAACAACAUCCUCCUCAGCGCCGGCUACGACUACAAGGUGCUGAUCUGGAACCUGGACAUCGGCGAGCCGGUGAAGAUGAUCGACUGCCACACGGACGUGAUCCUCUGCAUGUCCUUCAACACCGACGGCAGCCUGCUGGCCACCACCUGCAAGGACAAGAAGCUGCGCGUGGUGGAGCCGCGCUCCGGGAGGGUCCUGCAGGAGGCCAGCUGCAAGAACCACCGCGUCAACCGCGUGGUUUUCCUGGGAAGCACCAAACGGCUUCUGACCACGGGAGUGUCCCGCUGGAACACCCGGCAGAUCGCCCUCUGGGACCAGGAAGAUUUAUCCAUGCCUUUGAUCGAGGAGGAGAUCGAUGGGCUCUCGGGGCUCCUCUUCCCGUUCUACGACGCUGACACCCACAUGCUGUACCUGGCUGGGAAGGGUGACGGCAACAUCCGGUACUACGAGAUCGGCUCGGAAAAGCCCUACCUGAGUUAUCUCAUGGAAUUCCGCUCGCCGGCUCCGCAGAAAGGACUGGGGGUGAUGCCGAAGCACGGCCUGGAGUUCCUGGAAGUUUUCCGUUUCUAACUCUCACUGGGGCUCUGGCGUUCAGGGGUUCUGGAACAGAUUCCCAGAUCCCAUUGCUUUUCUCUCUUCCCAUUUUCCCAGUCGGAGACGUACCAGGAGGACAUUUAUCCCAUGACUCCGGGCACGGAGCCAGCCCUGACCCCGGACGAGUGGCUCAGUGGGGUCAACAGAGAUCCCAUCCUGGUGUCGCUGAAGGAGGGGUACAAGAGGAAUUCCAAGAUCGUCUUCAAGGCGCCGGUGAGGGAGAAGAAAAGCGUGGUGGUCAACGGGAUCGACCUCCUGGAGAACGUCCCGCCCCGCACGGAGAACGAGCUGCUCCGGAUGUUCUUCCGGCAGCAGGACGAGAUCCGGCGGCUGAAGGACGAGCUCUCGCAGAAGGACAUUCGGAUCCGGCAGCUGCAGCUGGAAUUAAAGAACUUCCGGAACAGCCCCAAGAACAAUUGACUCCAGGGAUGUUUUCUAAAGAAAUUCCUUUGUUUCUUACUCCUGAAUUCCUCGGAUCCACUCACCCAGAACACAAUUCCAGAGUCCGCGGCUGCCGAGAGCCUGGAAUCACGUCCUGCGUGUCUUGUCCGGCACUAAUCCCGCUCUAACCUGAUUCCUGGGAAAGCCUGGAGGCUCCCAGUAAUUCGGAGCCAUGUCCUGUCCGUUGGGAUGAGCCAGCCCGGGGCAGAUUCCCGGGAAAGCGCGACGCUUCCUUGCUAUUAAUUUUUUUUUCCUAUGCAAAAAAUGUGACAGUGGGAGCGGAACUGGAAAAGGGGCGGGAAGUGGGAAGGGCUUGAUCGUCAAAGGGAGUUUCCGUGUGGGAAUCCGGGAUCCUUCCCAUGCUGGGAAACUGGGAUCACUCCCAUGGGAGCAGGACGGGAUCCUUGCCGUGGUGGGAAACUGGGAUCGUUUCCACAGUGGGAAAUUUCCACAUGGGAUCCUUCCCAUGAUCCUUUCCCAUGCUGGGUGCCCAGGACUCUUUCCGCGGUGGGAUCCCGGGAUCUUUGCUGGGGUGGGAAAAUGGGAUCAUUCCCAUGGUGGGAGCCUGGGAUCCUUCCCAUGGGAGCAGGAUGGGAUCCUUCCCACGAUUGUAACUUGGGAUCCUUCCUGUAGUGGGAACUUGGGAUUCUUCCUGUAGUGGGAACUUGGGAUUCUUCCUGCAGCUGGAGCCUGGCAUCUGUCCCAGGAUCCUUUCCCAUGGUGGGGAACUGGGAUCAUUCCAUGAUGAGGAACUGGGAUCCUUCCAUGGGAUCAUUCCCAUGGUGGGAGCCUGGGAUCCUUCCCAUGGGAGCAGGAUGGGAUCCUUCCCACGAUUGUAACUUGGGAUCCUUCCUGUAGUGGGAACUUGGGAUUCUUCCUGCAGCUGGAGCCUGGGAUCUGUCCCAGGAUCCUUUCCCAUGGUGGGGAACUGGGAUCCUUCCAUGGGAUCAUUCCCUGGUGGAAAUUUGGGAUCCUGGGAUAUUCCUGGGGGUGCUGCCCCAUGGAUGGAGCCCAAGGGACGGAUCCUGAGGAUGGAUCCCGAGGGAUGCACCUGGAGCUCGCCAGGCUCGGCACUUUGGACAAUCCCAGGAUUGACGGGAUUUGCCUGGAGCACAGGGAAUGACACCAAAUCCCGUUGGUUUUUCCUGGAGAUCCCAAUUCCCACUCAAUCCGAGCUGCUGGAAUUCCCGGCGUGGGUCUGUCCCGUCCGUGUCCCGCGCUCCCGGCGUUCCCUGCUGCGCUCCGUGUGCUGUCCUUCCUGAUUAUUUAUGCUCCCACGGGAUAGUGAUGGAAUAAAAUCUUUUCAGGAUACCAGAA